UCGCAGAGUGACACGAGCCAUCAUCCCUUCAUUUUUCUGAAGGACAUUGCUCUUCCCUGUUCCCUCUCUGAGAAAGAAAAGAGGAGACAAACCCUAGCAUUCACCACCGCUGCUGCUCUUCUCACCGCCGUCGUCCCACCAUCGUUUAGUCGUCCUCCACCGUCCCCUCUGCUGUAUUCUCCAACGCCUCUGCUCAUUCGCCAACUUCUUCGUGUCGCAUCGCCAGCUCCAGUUCGGAAGUUCGUCGCCCAUCGUCCGUGGUUGUCCGUCGUACGUCGCUGCCGGCGUUCUUGCUCCCUCUCCCUCAUACUCUGCUCACUUCGCAGACCGAAGUAGGAGAACAGUGGACAUUAUACAACCAUGUUGGUCCAUCAUAUAUUAGAGGGUUCCUGUUACUAUCAUUGUGACCCUUGAGUAGGUCAAUUUAUCGAAGGUUUUGUGAAUUUGUAUUCUCUGGAAGGCUAGUGCUAUUUGAUUUCACAAUUAUGGAAGCAACAAAGGCUCUUUCACACUCCAAAGCCAUCUCUUUUGGUUUUUCGAUCGUGAGCAACAGCUUCUUUCUGAGACCUUUCAACAAGCAUUUUCAUGCUGAUAUACUUAAUAAUGACUAUCGAUUUCACUGCAGACCUAUACACAUUGGUUCCCAAUUGAAUUGCUCCUACGGAAAGCAAUUCUCCUUUCUGAAACCAACAAGAAAAAGGGCUGAUCUACUGCCAACUCCUACAUGCUCAGUUGCCGGUAACUCCAGCAGCAAACCUCAUAAUCCAAUCGAAAUGUACUUGAGAGGUUUCUCGGCCGAAUCAGUAAAAGCGGCUCUUUUGCAGUUGACUCCCAUUGAUAUUGUGAAGUGGUCUGGGAUAUUAUCCAUCAUAGCUGCGGCCACAAAAUGGACUGUGAACACACUCUUCAGUCCUUUCUUCUGGAUGUAUUUUAGUUGGUCAUGGUUGUUUUGGCCGUGGUUUGUAGCUAUAUUGAUUGCAUUUUAUGGGUUACACUGCUUUAGGAAACAUUUACAUGGCGAGGCAAACAUGUUCGAGCAAUUGGCAAUUGUUACAUCAGCUUUUACAUGGCUCACUCUGGUUCCGCCAGGUUUUUUCAAUGGCUACCUUGAAGGCUGGCCUUUUGUUUUCUUUUUUGUGUAUCAUUAUUUCUUUUUCUUCAAUGUUAGUGUUCGAAAGAGGUUGUAUGGAGACUAUUUUACCCGGCCCCAUGACCCUAAAUGGGAUGUCAACUUGCCGAUGACGUCGCGCCUUGUGUUUAGUGCAGGAGUCAUGGUUGCCCAUUGGCUUGCAGCAUUUGAAGGGCCAGAGCUUCACCGGAUACCAGGUGGGUGGAACAAUCUUGGAAUUUGGGCUUUAAUUCUCACAACUCUACUAAUGCAGUACAAUGCAACAUUAUAUCUUGCUAAGUAUUCAGAAAAUGUGGUUGUGCCAACUGCUGUUGUUCAAUUUGGACCGUAUCGCUGGGUUCGUCAUCCAAUAUACUCAUCAACUAUGCUUCUAUUUGUAACAAACUUCCUUGCGCUUCGUGCACCCUUGAGUUUGCUGUUUGUUGUAGCAGUUUGUUUGUUGUAUUAUAGGCAGAAGGCAAAACUGGAGGAGGCUUUAAUGGUUGAGACUUUUGGUGAGAGUUAUACACAGUAUGCUAGCAAAGUUAAGUACAAGUUGAUUCCUUUUAUCUAUUAGUUGGUCUCUGAAAUAUAUUUGUUAGAACUUUGAAAUUUGAUUGGAAUGUCAGGCUUAGGCAAAAGAGUGGCUCUAGAAAUCUGGAAAAUUUUAUGAUUUAGUUUACGUUUUGAUGCUCAAGUUCAUUCCAUUGUUGUUUUGAUGGCAUAGACAAUUUACUUUCUAAUAUUCAAAAAUGCAAACAAAAUCUUUUUCCAUUAGGUGCAAGUGGGCUACAUGAAUUAAACAACAUUGUUAUGUGCUUUUGUAAUUCAUUUCCUAAGCAUGCAAACAUUGUUUAAUUCUUUAAGGGAUCUUGACCUGUGUGCCCUGCAUGUGUGUAAAGUAUACCUUGUUAUGAAUAACAAAUGGCAAAUUCUAGUAUCCCUAUCUUUAUGAUGUGACUAUUUAAUUGACCAGUCAAUAGCAAGGUGACAAUUGGUGAAGGCCAUUAAAUACUUGUCAGUUUUGCUGUGUUCAAAUCAACGUGUUAAUAAAGGUAAUUAUUGCAAGUGGUGAGUAAACUUAAUUAAAUUAGGCAAUAUUGUAACUUAACAUAUUUGAGAUUUAUGUUUAAUUAAAAUUCAAUUAUUUUAUUGGCCCAAAAAGUAGAGAACCACCAUUGUGCAGUGGGACACUAGGGUAAGAGGCCUGAUCGUGAUGGGUGUAAAGGAUUUUUUGCGGCAGCAUAAGUGUUUUGGGAUUAUCUUGGUUCUGGAAUUAACUAGAUAUUUGUUCUCUCUAAAUUGAACUUUUGGUAUGUGUUUUUAAAUAGUUAUUUUUAGCCAAGACAACAAAUCAGCAAUGGAUUUUGAUCAAUGCGGCGGCUGUGUCAUGACUGGCCUGCAGAAAUGUGUGUUUUGGAUAAUUUCGGCUACGAAACCAUUUCCGAUGGAGUUGAGUGGUUGGAAAGAUACAACACUAGGUGGAGUUAAGUUGUGAUAUUAUAGCUUCUGGAUAGUCAUCAUAUUAUGGUGGUUUUGUGG